AUGUUUAAAGCGGUGCAGUUGGUCGCCCGUGGCCGUACUUUAGGUACCUCCCUCUAUAAGCGCUCCAUCAAUACAAUAGCGUCACGCCAAGCCAAUGGCCAACGUCUCGACCGUCAAAAACCAAAUUUCACUGCUGGUCAGCCUCUAUUUGAGACCAGGCCUGAGCUAUUAAAGGCUGGUGAACUUACUCCAGGUAUCACAGCAUUAGAAUAUUUCGAGCGGAGAGUCAAGUUAGCAAGUCGACUUCCGCCAAAAAGUUGUGCCGUUAUCGCUGGGGCCCAGAUCAAGUAUGCUUCGGGUCCUGUUUUUUAUCCGUUCCAGCAAAAUAAUGAUCUUUUCUAUCUUACUGGCUGGAAUGAGCCUGAUUCAGUAAUGAUACUCGAAAAACCUACCGAAAACACUGACGACGUAAUUUUCCACCUGAUAGUCCCACCUAAGGAUGCUUUUUCUGAGCAAUGGGAAGGUGAGCGUACAGGUACAGAGGGGGCCUGUGAAAUUUUCAAUGCAGAUGAAUCCACCGAUACACGGCAGUCGUCGAUGUAUAUCACGAAGAUCAUUAAUCGAAACGACUACAUUUAUUUUGACCGGCCACAAGAUAAGGUUGAUUCCAGUGCGGAAGCAUUCUUUAGAUCCUUUUUCUCUGUUUCUCAUUCUCCCGACACAGCUGAUACCAUAACUGAGGUAAUAAGAAGCUCUGGAAAGAAGCACGUACGUAAAUUAAAGUCUAUCAUUGCCGAGAUGAGAUCGAUGAAGUCGCCCGCGGAAAUCAGAGUAAUGCGGCGAGCUGGCCAAAUAUCAGGCAGAGCAUAUAAUCAAGCUUAUGCCAAUAGAUUUCGCAACGAACGAACUUUGCGGUCCUUUCUGGAAUACAAGUUCGUCUCGGGGGGAUGCGACAAAUCUGCCUAUGUGCCAGUUGUAGCAACUGGUGCCAAUUCGCUUUGCAUUCACUACACGAGAAAUGACGACGUGAUGUACGAUGAUGAAAUGGUUCUGGUAGACGCUGGGGGUUCGUUGGGAGGAUACUGUGCAGACAUCUCCAGGACAUGGCCCGUAAGUGGUCAGUUUUCACCAGUUCAGAGAGACUUAUAUGAGGCAGUUUUGAAUGUACAAAGGAAGUGCAUACAACUUUGCAAGGCUUCGAAUCUCUAUUCUUUAAAUGACAUUCACGAGAAGAGUGUUUCUUUCUUCAAGGAGGAACUGAAAAACGUUGGACUGCCUGCGUUCAGUAAUUCGGACGUCACAAAAUUAUAUCCACACUACAUCGGGCACCAUUUAGGCUUAGAUGUUCACGACGUUCCUCAAGUUUCACGUUAUGCACCACUCCAAGCAGGGCACGUAAUAACUAUCGAACCAGGUCUCUAUAUUCCUGACGACCUCGCGUAUCCACCCCACUUUAGAAAUAUUGGUAUCAGAAUUGAGGAUGAUAUUGCGCUGGGCCUCGAUAAUUAUGUGAACUUGACCGUUGAGGCCGCAAAGGAAAUUGUCGACAUUGAGAGUAUAGCGAAAAACGGAGUCACCAGCUCAGUUGAAGAAGACGUGGCGGCUCCUCUCAAAGAUAUCACUUGA